AUGGCGGGAGAUGACUUGCCAGGAGCACUGCUCGCAUCAUCGAUAGCAGUCAUUUCUCUUACUUCUGCGUUUAUUGGUACUCGCCUAUGGAUCAGAUCCAGCCUGAAGACGAUUGGUACAGAUGACUCUGUGAAAGUGGGAUUCGGGAAGCAUAUGAAAGUAUUGUCGAACCAAGAUCUUGAGAAAUUCCUCAGAUAUACGACAGGAUGGUCCGCGACCUUUAGCCUUGGUAUCGGCUGUGCCAAAUCGUCAUUCGCCGUACUUUAUCUUCGAAUCAACCCUCAGCCUGGUUCUUCGGAUCCUUAA